AUGUCCGAAAUCAACGCUACCGCGGUUUUCAUUCCAAAGCCAGGGAAGUUUGAAGAGGUAGCUACUCUGGUAACCGACGUCAUCAAACAAGUGCAAGAACACGAACCAGAUACACUGGUCUACUACGCAUUUGAAAUAAAGGACAAGAAUGAGAUUGUGAUCGUUGAGAGAGGAUCUUUGCCACCAAUUUCCAACCAGAUUCUGAUCGGCUCUUUACAAUAUAGAUAUAAAAACCAGGCGGCGAUCCAGACCCACGUCAAAUCACCCUAUUUCCGAACCUUCUCAAAAAGAUUAUCCACUUUGUUGACGAAACCGGCGGAGAUCAGGGGAGGUGGGUUCCUGAAUGGUUCGAGGGGCGUAUCGCGACUGUAG